AUGACGACGUUCACCAAGGUUUCGGAUGGCGAGAAGCCCCUCAUCGAGGUGGACGCGGAGAAGAAGCUCUCCAAGAUAGAUCCCAUGACCUAUGGCGGCUUCACCGAACACAUGGGACGCUGCAUAUAUGGAGGAAUCUACGACCCCGGCAACCCUCUGUCUGACGCGAAGGGCUUCAGGAAGGAUGUCAUCGAAGCGUUGAAGGACCUCGACAUCCCCGUGGUCCGCUACCCAGGCGGCAACUUCGUGGCGACGUACCACUGGCUCGACGGCGUGGGGCCCAAGGACAAGCGGCCCAAGAGGCCGGAGCUGGCGUGGCUGGGCACGGAGCCCAACACGUUCGGCACGGACGAGUUCAUGGAGUGGCUCGACGUGCUCAGCGAGGGCAAGGAGAAGCGGGUGGAGCCAUACAUCUGCCUCAACAUGGGCACGGGGACGCUGGACGAGGCGCUCGCGUGGGUGGACUACUGCAACGGCACCCGGGACACGUACUACGCCAACCUGCGGCGGCAGAACGGGCACCCGGAGCCGUACAACGUCAAGUACUGGGCACUGGGCAACGAGAUCUGGGGCCCGUGGCAGGUGGAGCAGGCGACCAAGGAGGACUACGCCAAGAAGGCGUUCCAGUGGGCCAAGGCGCUGCGGCUGCUGGACCCCAGCCUCUGCCUGAUCCUGUGCGGCGAGACGGGCCACACGUCGUGGGACCACCACGUGCUCAAGGAGUGCGUGUCGGUGGUGGACAUGCACUCGAUACACAUCUACACGGCGUCGGCGAAGCACCUGCACAACGUGACGGCGCCGCUGUCGGCGGAGCGGGCGAUCCAGACGGCGGCGGCGCUCAUCGACAUUGCGCGCAUCGAGAACAACGUGGCGCCGACCAAGCCGCCGGUCAAGAUCUGCUUUGACGAGUGGAACGUGUGGGACCCGGAGCGGGCGCCCGGCGACAAGGGGGCCGAGGAGAAGUACAACCUGUCGGACGCGCUGGCGGUGGCCAUCUGGCUCAACGUGUUCAUCCGGCAGAGCAAGUACAUCGGCAUGGCCAACAUCGCGCAGACGGUCAACGUCAUCUCGCCGCUGAUGACGAGCAAGGACGGCAUCGUCAAGCAGACGAUCUGGUGGCCGCUGCUGCUCUUCAGCCGCUACAUGCGCGGGUGGACCGUGGCUGCGCACGUCAAGUGCGGCUCCUACACGGGCGAGACGACGCCGGCGUGGCUGCAGGGCGUGCUGGAGGACGGCGCGCCGUGGCUGGACGUCAGCGCCGUGGUCGAUGACAAGGGCUACGUCAACGUGGUGGCGGUGAACAUCAGUGAGAAGCAGGGCUUCGAGACGACGCUCAAGGGCGUGUCUGGCAAGGUUGAGGUGCACUCGGUCAACGGCGCUGACCCCGGCGUGGUCAACGUCGCGGGCAAGGAGGAGGUCGCGAUCAAGCAGACCGAGUGGGACGGCAAGGGCAGCUUCGUGUUCCCCAAGCACUCGAUCACGCUGCUGCGGUGGAAGUCGGCAUGA